UCACGAGGAAUGCCAAAUUUAUUAAGCUACAGGUCAUUUAACUGGAAUGGGCUGAUGGACAGUGGUGAACAUUUAUUAUUGGGCGCCUGGGCUUGGGAUAAGUCGCAGCUUUGCCAACUGUGUAUACAAUGACACACGUCUUAUUUAUUGCUCGGCGUGAGCAAUAUCACGUAAUACUGUUUAUUCUGUUUGUUUAGAUCAUUGUGGCAAACAGCAGACUACGUAGUACUAUCUGUCCCAGUGAAAACUACGAUCAGUUUUGUACAUUGUGUAUAUUUACCAAACAGCAGCUGAACCACCGGGCUUGGCUAUAUGACAUACAUAUAUGAAAGAUGAUAUUGGGAGGUACGCACGAGGUUUCAGCUUAGCUCAGCUGCAAACCGCUGCAUACCUCUCUGACGGAUGGCAGGAGGGGAAACGUGAAAUCCGCUCUGACGAACACUACCAGGUUAGCUGGAAAAGAGAGCGCGGCUGACCGUGGAAAAGGCCCAGUAAAUAAUUGAAACCACAGGCGGAGAGAUGGUGCAGUGAAGAUCAGCUGCACCGUACACCUGGUGCUGUGUGCGGGUCGGGAGAAGAGCUAGAGAGAGGAAGAGAGGCUUGUCACUCGGACAGCUUGUCUCUCAAUAAGUCCCUCUGUUCACAGACUUCCAUACAGGAUGGGGGCUGUGGCAAGCUACGAGAAAAAAUUACUGAUAGGUGUAACUAUUGCCACCCUGGUAGGUUACUUGAUGCAAAUUAUAGCCAUCGGAACUAACUACUGGCUGAUCGUGGUCUUCCCAGAUGUGGCUUUCACCAAUUCCACCGUCGUGGUUCGUACCCACUCGGGCAUUUGGGUGACCUGUGUGGUGGAGUGGUCACGGGCGACCGAAGAAGAGGAGGAAUCGUGUGAGUCUCUCUCGAUGUUUCCGACAGAGGAACAGCUGAAAAAUCGCCCGGAUGUAGAUUCCAGGUUUUUAGAUUUUCGUCGGACUGAGGCAGCAUUUAGCAUUAUAGCUAUGGUAAUAAUGUUCCUGGGUCAUUUUUUCGCACUGUAUACGUUCAAAAGGCCUCGGUACAUCCACAAGAGGCUAACUGGCUUACUUCAUGUAAUGGCAGCUGCUUGCGUGCUGGUUAUCAACGAAGUGUUUUCAAAUUCGGUGGCAUAUGCAAAACAGAGCCUUCCUCUUCGACAUCCUCUGGGUAGUAAUCAGAGUUAUGGAUUUUCUAUUGUUCUAUCAUGGCUUGUUUUCGUGAUUUACCUGAUUGCCUUUGUGUGUUAUCUCGUGUGUUCUCACAAACGGAAACACGAAAUGGCGGAUAGUAUCGAUGUUUUGGCUGAUGAAGAUGAGCCUGUUCAACUUGGCAGAGUGUAAUUAGAUAUCCAGUCCUCUUGAAACAGAGCCAGUAGACUGACAUCUUGAAAUAAAAACUGGGGUGAAAUAGAGGCAGCGAACUGACUCUGAGAACCAAUGAGCUGACAUCGUGAAGUGCAGCCAGCGAACUGACCUGCUUAUAUAGAGCCAGUCAACUUACCUCGUGAAGUUAGAGCCAGUAAAUUCACCUCGUGAAAGCGAGCUGACCUGCUGAGACAGAGCCAGAAAACUGACCUUAACAAAUACAUUAACUGUAGUUUAAAGCCGUUAAGUGGACAAGUUGGUAAAACGGUGACAAUUGAUGUCAGCGAGGAGGCAAGAAAACAGGACCUUCGUACACAAGGUCGUUAUAACAAUACCACAGGUUCUGCUGAAUUAUGAAACACCAUCUGGCAUUACAAUUCCAUUAUAUAAGUAACAUAUACGACUUAUGCUUGAGCAUAGGAUUCGAAAGACUUGGCCUAAUUAAGACGCCAUUACAUGGAGCCCAGUGGCUUAUACGUGAUGAUAUUCAGAGGAUGCAUCUAUGAUAUAAAAUGGAAAGAUAAAGUAUGCUGCAAAUCCACAACAUGCAAUCACGGAAAGUGUUUUCAGAGUGGCGUCAACUCAAACAGGGCUAAUAUGCAAGUAAUUUUCCCGCCCGGGGACAUGGAGUCGCCAAGCGAUUGUUGACUUUGCCUUGACAAAGUGGGUUGAUUGUUAUGGCGGGGUUUGUCCUAAUGGUGGGGAAUGCUUCAGUAGGGGAGCGAUUGCAGGAAACCUGGCUGUGAUGGAUACGGCUAGACAACCCACGGGAAUCAUAGUUUGGGUGGAGGUAAGGUGUCAGCAUGAGAGAACUGGUCAUGGGUUAGGACUAAAAUCGAUCGGUGUAGCCUUCCAAGUCUGAGAGUCAUUUGACACAUCCGCCAUACGUCAUUUCCUCAAUAUUCCUGUGAGACAAACUGUCGACGAUAGGCGUUGCCAUGAGUUGCCGACCUUAAUUCAUACAUUGUCAGUUCUUUCUUAAACUGUGUAUGGUAUAAUAAUUUCCUUAUUAAGCUUUAUAGACUUAUAGUUGUGUAGACUUAGGCAGGGUGAGCAAAUGCAUCUUGAUGGUGUUUCACUGGUAAUCGGCUAGGUUUUCAAGUCGUGUUGUACAGAAAUUCUACAUUUCUGCUUUCACUACGGCAGGGAUUUGAGUGAUGCUGACAGGAAUGGACAUUCUGGUGCUUCUAUGAAACAUACGAUGUAACACCAAAUGAACUGAAAUAAUUUACUCUGUAUUUUUCUCUUACUUGAAUUCUCUUGCCAUAAAUGCCACAUGGUUAUCUUAAUUUAUUUUGUUUAUGACAUAUAUCCUGAGCCCAGUUCACCACAUUGGCUUCCAACAUAAGUAUUAAAAUAUAUCUGUCUAUUCAGACUGCUGUUAUGCAAUGAUGAACGUUGCAGGUUGUUACAGGUGUUUUCAUAUCUGUGGGAUGAUUAGUGGAACAAUUUAUUGCAUUGUUCUAUAGUACUUGAAGAGUAUUUGAGAGAAAUUCAUGAAAGAUUUUUGUUAAGAAACGUAUUCGCAGGACAAAAAAAAUCUAUGGCAUUAUUUCUCUGUACGUUUCACUUUAUAGUGAUUGCAUUGGUCGUUUCUGUUGUGUCCCUGGGAGUCGUGUCGAAAACUAAUCGUAGCUUUUAGAUAAGCUUAACUGCCUUGAUCAUUUGCCUGAUGAGUAUAGACGUGCUGUAGCUAACGCAGUCAAAUAACUAAAAUCGCAUAGUGAAUGAAUUGUGCCCUUCUGAUUAAUGUGCUUUUAAAAUGAUACCAGAGUUCGUAUUUGACUAUUGAAUCUGUCCAUUUUCCUACGGACAUAUGGGCAGUAACACUUGUGAAGAUCAUGAACUCGUGUAUAACUGUGUCGAAUCUGUAUCACAGAAGACUCGUAGUGUAUCUGGCGUGGUGUUUGUUGUGUGCCGCCACCUGUUUUACCAUUAACUGUGUAUACACCCCUCGUUAUGCACUACAAAAUCAAAUAUGCACCAAACAAAUCUUCUCUCAUCCUGUUGGUGGAUGCAUGUGGUUCAGAACAACAGUCUUGCUAUCAAGCUUUGGCCUAUGAAUGCGGUUCAUAUCAAAUGUCACACCACUUACAUGUAGCUUAGGCCUUUGAAUGUGUUUGAGAACAACAGUCACGCCAGUAACAUGUAGUUUUGGCCUUUGAAUGUGGUUGAGAACAACAGUCACACCAGUUACAUGUAGCUAAGGCCUAUGAAUGUGAUUCAGAACAACAGUCACACAAGCUACAUGUAGCUUAGGCCCAUGAGUGUUGUUCAAAACAACAAUCACCCUUGGGUCUGUUGAUUAGAACCAUCGUCACACUGGCUAAUGUAUGCAUAUCUUCUUAGCAAUGAGUCACUGCUAACAGGAACCUGUCUUAACUGUGACUUUGAUGAAAAGUUGGACCCAAUGGAGAACUGAAUGGAGAACAAGGUCUUUAUACUGCUUCGCUCAUAACGAAUCUUGAUUUUGUGGUUAAAAUGGUUUUUCAGUUCUCAGUAUCUUAAAAUUUUACUUUGACGUUGUUGUGGAAACGGUGCAGGCGUUUUUCCGUCGGAAUACAAACACAUCAUGAUAUCAAUAUUAUCCUAGCAUUGGGUUUUAACGAGUUUUUGAAGUUAAGUUUCUUGUUAAUAUUAUUUCGGAAAAGCAUAUUUUACUGAAAACAAAGGAUCUAACAUAGAAGAUGUGAUAGAUUUUACAGCGUGGUUGCUACUCUUGUUCUGUGGAUACCUGUAAUAUAAGACAGCUGUAAAUACAUAUCGCAUUUACUCGCUCUUUCUCUUCAUUUUGUUCUGGGGAUGCUAAAGUUUCGUACGGCAGCUUCGUUUUACACGAGCGUAUUCGACUCAAACUACUUGGUAUCACUGUAUAGAACUUCAUAAAAUGCAUUUGUUUGUUGCUGAAAAACAUUUACUUAAAAUGUCGCUUUCAGUCUACAUUCAGCAUUGUUCACAUCCUGAUUCUUUAGGUCAUAGUUUAUUCUAUCUGUUUGUACAUGCAUGGUGAAACUGCAUUUUAUUCGAAACGUACAUUCAACUGAGGAAUUUUCAUUUGAUUUAAUCAAUAAGAAAUUUAAUCAAUAAGGUGUUAAUUUGUAACACCUUUCAUGUACUCCAUGUGUUUUCUAAGGGAAAGUGAUUAAACCAGAUGGUAAAGUGCUGGUUAAUGUCCUCGUGACUGAUUCAUUCUUCCUCGUGACUGAUUCAUUCUUCCUCGUGACUGAUUCAUUCUUCCUCGUGACUGAUUCAUUCUGUUGUACAGAACAAUCGUUUGUGCGUUUACCUUAGUUUCGAUGUAUUAUCAGGUAUGGUUAGUACCUUCGUGGUGCGAACCGUUUUGUCUUCCAAUAACAAUGGACAUGAAACUGUCAAUAUGAUGUAAGUAUUCUCUCUUGCAACCUGUAUGCAUAUUUUGCUAUCAAAGGUGGGUUAUUUUUGUACUGAUUUGACAACCACGAAAUUCCUAUUCUCUCACAUUUUAUUAUCAUGAUCUCACUUCCCGUGAUGCACUUUGAUACGUGUAUUUCUGAUAUUUACUCUUUAAUGCUUCCUUCACCCUUAUCACAUUUUUGCGAAUAAAUUGUUU